AUGUAAUCAUAUAAUCCUGCUGUCUCUCAUAAAAGAAAAGAAAGAGAUAUUGCUAAACUAAUGAUGUCUAAUUAUCAUGUAGAAUAAUGUGCUUAAAACCCAUACAAUUUUAAAGUCAAUAUCAAUGGGUAAUAUAAUAAAUGCAAUAAUUAUAAAGUCCUUCUGAUUCCCUCUAUGCUGGUGGAGUCUAUACAAUAAAUGUUUUACUACCAGAACAAUAUCCUUAUAAAUCUCCAAGUAUUGGUUUCCUUACUAAGAUAUUCCAUCCAAAUAUUGAUGAAGCGUACACUCUAUUAUCAAUUAUCUUAGUUCUGGUUCUGUUUGUCUUGAUGUUAUCAAUUAAGCAUGGUCACCUAUGUAUGAUCUCAUGAACGUUUUUGAAGUCUUCUUACCUUAAUUACUUAAUUACCCUAAUCCUAGUGAUCCACUUAAUCCAGAUGCUGCAAGUCUAUUUAUUAGAGAUAAAUUAAGGUAUUCUAUUUCAUUUCUUCCUAGAUAUGAAAAGAAAGUUAAGGACAUGGUUCUUAAAUAUGCUACCAAACACAACUAGGAAGUUUAAAAUAUAGAAAUUAUAAAAGAAUCUAAAUAAGAUGAUGAAGAUAAUGUUUCACUAAUCUCCCUAGAUGAUGUGUCCCAACUAUCAGAACACUCCUAUGGACAUGCUGAAAUUCAUAGUAUGUUUUGA